AUGGAACAACCUCCUGGGUUCGUUGAUCCUCGAUAUCCAAAUCAUGUUUGUCGACUUCGGAAAGGUCUUUAUGGUCUCAAACAGGCCCCUCUUGCAUGGUUUCAACAAUUCAGCUCGUUUUUCCUCAGUCUUGGGUUCCUCGGAAGAAAAGGGAAUAAUAAUUCUUUACUUCAAAAACUUUUGGCAAGGUUCAAAACUGAGUUUGCUAUCAAGGAUUUAGGCCAUCUAAAUUACUUUCUUGGUCUUGAGGUUCACUACACUACCGAUGGAGAUCCAUCCUCUGAUCCCACUCAAUAUCGCUCUCUCGUUGGUGCACUCCAGUAUCUCACUAUAACUCGUCCUGACUUGUCCUACGCGGUAAAUUUGGUUAGUCAAUUUCUUCAAGCUUCAACAACUGAUCACUUUCAAGCAGUUAAACGCAUCCUUCAAUAUGUCAAGGGCACCAUGUCCUAUGGCCCAUCCUUCACCCGUGGAGCUUCCCUUAAUGUUCUUGGAUACUCGGAUGUUGAUUGGGCUCGAUGUAUUGAGACUAGACGAUCUACCUAUGGUUAUUCCAUCUUCUUAGGCGGUAAUCUCGUCUCAUGGAGUGCUAAGAAACAACCAUCCGUACCUCGAUCAAGUUGUGAAUCAGAAUAUAGAGCCAUGGCUAAUGCAGCAGCUGAACUAAUAUGGCUUACUCAUCUUCUACAUGAUCUGCAUAUUUCCCAUCAAGCGCCAACUCUUCUUUGUGACAACAAGAGUGCUUAUUCCUCUCCCAAAAUCCGGUGGCUCACAAACGCGCUAAACAUAUUGAUAUUGAUUAUCACUUUGUUCGAGAACUUGUUCUAUCUCACAAACUCAUCACUCAAUUCAUUUUUUCUGAUCUCCAGCUAG